CGGUACAUCGACACGCUGCCGUCGCACGAACGUGGGCAACACUAGAGCGAUGUAGACCGAUGGCGACCGAGAACCUCUCCGCGUCUCGCCUCUCCUCCCUCUCUCUAUUCGCCAGCCAGUGCCGACAUCUCUGCCGAAGAACCACCUCGCUGCGCACCGCUCAACUCCGCCUCCGACACAUGCAAGACGUCAGGUGCGCCAUUACAACGCCCACAUUCCAUUGCCAUUCAUGCCGCACACCGUACGUAGCCUGUACCGGCCAAUACACGUUUAGCACUCGGUGCAGCCCGCUUAUCAGGGCCAUCGGCAAGGUGCACAUGACGAACGGUUGGUUGCGAGGCCAUAAAUCCCGACACGGCCCAGGUCCCUCCAGUCCUGCGUCUCCUAGUUCCUCCAGUCUGCUCCCUCCCACGACGACCGACCACGACAAUGACCCACCACUCAUCCCCCUCCGCGCACUCUGCACACUCCGCACACUCCGCACACUCCGCUCACUCUGCGCACUCGGGGCACUCCUCGGGGCCAAUAACACCCCCACCAUCGCCGCCGCAAGAGAGACACCGCAUCGAGCAUCCCACGCCCAGAUCGCACCACACAAAGUGCGGGCCGAUCAGCACGCUCGACCCCCUGCCGGAAAACCCCAACUCGCCCGACAGGCCGCACAGAGGCUCGCACGGCCCGAUCCUCGACGACGUGCGGCGCGACAUUCUCCCGUUGAGCCCCGUCUCGCCGACGAUGGACGCGGUGGGCGCUGCGCAGCCACUGCAUCCCCGCCCCGCGCAGCAUUCCACCCACCAUGCGCCCAAUCACUCCCGCCAAACGAGCGGCGCCGAGCAGUGGGCCAGCGAAGGCCCGCACGACGUGAGACGUUCGCCGAUCCUGGAAGAGCUUGAGCCGCCGGAACGCAUUCCCCUCGUCCACGAGGAUAGCCAGGACACGAUCCGGGUGAAGAACAAGCAGCGGCCGCCGCUCGACCACCACCAGCAACCGCCACCGGAGCACCACUUGCACCUCCACCGCCCGCAUCUGCAGCACGACGACAGCGGAGAGACGAUCCGGCGCGUGUCCAGCAGAGACAGUGCACAUGUGCAGCACGACGACCGCGAGCCGAUCGGGCGGAGCGCCCGCGAGGCCCACGACGACCGCGACCUCCUGCAUCCCCCACAGCAGCACCACCACCGGAGAAAGCGGGGACAUUCGCAGCCACGCCCACCGCCGCGCCGGUUGAGCACGGGAUUCGUGUCCGCUGAGGACGGCGAGCGCGCAAAGACGUUCAACGUCCCGCAAGUCGUGCAGCACCUGCGCGAAGUGCAGGCCGUGGACGUUGCGCUCGUCAGCUCGAUCGCGGCGCUCGACACCAAAGUCGACCGCCUGCUGCGGCAUUUUGGCAUCGACGCCGGCGCGGUCGGCAUCCACGGCAAGCUGGACGCGCUGAUGGCCGCGGUGGGCGUCGACGAGAAGGGCAAGUGAGCAGUGAGUCUGUCGGGACCAGAAGACGGCGGAAGAAGAAUGGCAAGCGAGGAUGAGGGAAGGACAGAAGGCUGACUGGAGCAGAUCGUGGCGGCGCACAUACCUUCUGUCGAGGCAUUGUCUGCAGAGCUUGCAUCUCCAUUGCCACUCCCCCCUCCAGUCCAUAUAUCUCAUCUCCAUCUCCCCAUCUCCCCAUCACCAUGUCUUCCAAAGUAC